AUGACCACUCCUCCAACCUACACCCCGAAGAACGUGGUGAUCACCGGCGGAUGCGGAUUCAUCGGCUCCAAUUUUGUCAACUACAUUCACGACGCGUGGCCGACAUGCAAUUUUGUCAAUAUCGACAAGUUGAUUCUGAAUAGUGAUACGCAGAAUGUGAACGAGUCGGUGAGACAGUCGGCGAGAUACAAGUUGGUUCUCACUGAUAUCAAGAACGAGGCAGCGAUUUUGAAUGUUUUCGAGGAGAAUGAGAUCGAUACCGUGAUCCAUUUCGCCGCCGAUUGCACCUCGACCCGUUGCUACAAUGAGACCGCCGAAGCCGUGCAAAACAACGUGCUCUCCUUCAUUCAAUUCCUCGACACCGUCCGAAAAUACGGUCGAAUUCAGCGAUUCGUUCAUAUCAGUACCGAUGAGGUGUACGGUGACUCGGAUCUAUCAGCGGAUGAGCAAGGGAAGGUGGAGCAUUCUCGUCUGCUCCCAGGUAACCCUUAUGCCGCUACAAAGAUCGCCGGUGAGGCGUACGUCAGAGCUUAUCAGCGUCAGUACAACCUGCCGAUUGUGACCGCCCGUAUGAAUAAUAUCUACGGUCCGAAUCAGUGGGACGUCAAGGUUGUGCCGAGAUUCAUCGAGAUAGCCAAGGCCCGUGGGGAGUACACAAUUCAGGGUACUGGCAAGCAACUGAGAUCGUGGCUAUUCGUGGAUGACGCCAGUGCCGGAUUGAAGGCGGUCACAGAGAACGGGCGGCUCCAGGAGAUUUAUAAUUUGGGGACGUAUUAUGAGAAGAAUGUGGCUGACUUGGCAAAAACGAUUCAAAAAGAAGUGGAUCGACAACUCGGGCGGGCUCACGAGCCACCGAGAUACAAGUCGAUUCCAGACCGUCCGUAUAACGAUUUGAGAUACUUUAUUAGUAUAGAAAAGGCUCAAAACGAGUUGGGAUGGGCGCCCUCUACGUCGUUUGACGAUGGGAUGCGGAUUACGGUAGCGUCGGCGUUGAAGGAGCGGACGCACGUGAAGAUGCAUGUGGCGAUUUAUGGAGGGAAGGGGUAUGUUGGACAGGAGUUGCAGCAUGUGCUGAAAGCGAGAGAGAUUCCGUAUGUGUUGGCGGAGAAGAAGGUCGGAUUUGAUAGUGAUGAGGAGGUCGAAAAAGAGCUCGCCCUACUCGGUGUCACCCAUGUGAUCUGUGUCACCGGACGGACCCAUGGGCCGGGAUGCAACACUAUCGAGUACCUGGAGGGCGGAGCCGACAAGGUUUUCAUCAAUGUCAGGGAUAAUAUGUAUAGCGCGACAAUUUUGGCGCACAUGUGUCGAAAAAUCGGACUGCACUAUACGUACAUUGGCACUGGUUAUAUGUUUGCUUAUGAUAAGGAACACCCGAUUGGCGGCGACGAAUUCAAAGAGGAGGACGAGCCAACGUUCUUUGGAUCGGCGUAUUCUGUGGUGAAAGGGUUCACUGAUCGACAGAUGAAUUAUUUCAAUCAGAAUGGCUGGGAAAACCUCAACGUCCGCAUCACGCUUCCACUCAGUCUGGAUUUGGAGCAACCACGCAAUUUGCUCUCCAAAAUUAUCAAAUACAAAGAGCUCUUCGACAUUCCAGUGUCCCUAACCAUCCUCCCCGACUGUAUGAACGCAAUGUGCAAUCUAAUGGAGCAACGAACGGGCGGCACGUUGAAUUUGGUGAAUCCGGAGCCAAUUUCCCUCUACGAAGUCGUCAAAAUCUACAAGGAAAUUGUGGAUGACGCGGUGAAUCCGACACCGAUCGGUGUGGAAACCGAGAGGGCUCAACAGUUGUUGGCGACGAAGGGAAAUUGUGCGUUGGAUACGCAGAAAUUGCAGAGAAUCGCGCCCGUCUUGUCGGCGAAGGAGAGCUUGAUCAAGCAUUUUAAUGAGAUGGUUGCUAAAUAA